UUAUAUGUUGCUUGGCAACAGUCCGCUCAGCGGAGAUCUAUUUUUGCUUAGAUUGCUGCUCGAGCGCCUCUCGCUGUAUGUGAUAGCUCGAGCGCGGCGCGCCUCCCGCUGUAUGUGAUAUUGCUGCUCGAGCGCCUCUCGCUGUAUGUGAUAUUGCGCAUCUCAACACCGCUAACUACUAAGCUAAAACAAAUAUGCAAAGCAUAACUGCGUUUUUCAAAAAGAAUGAUGGGAAAACACAAACAAACAGAGGAAGAGAGGAAGAUGAAGAAAUCGCCAGGAAGAAGGUUAGAGUGGAGAAAGUUACUGUAGUCGAUAAAGUCUACAAAUUCAACCCCGACUGGUUGAAGGAUUUCGGUUGGCUACUUUAUGAUGCCGAGAACAUGAAAAUGUUCUGUAAAUUUUGUAAGGAAGCCCCAUCGGCAAUGGCAGGCUCUUCUCUGUUUAGAACCGGGAACCCUAAUCUAAAACGGGAUGCUGUGGUAAAACACAGCGAGUCCGUUCGGCAUUCUCGAUGUCGCGAUGUAUAUAUAAAUCGCACCCAGCCCAAUAACCCUGGCACGGUGGAAGCCGCCGUUGGCAGACAAUUGGCUAUCUCUAAUCAGGACGCGCUCCGGCAGCUGAAGGUUAAAUUUAACAUAGCGUAUGUGAUCGCAAAGGAAGAGAUAGCCUUCACUAAAUUUGGACCGAUGAUUGCCCUUCACCAUAAAAAUGGAUUAAACAUCAAUCCCACAUAUGACAAUGAUGUGAGAUGUGCUGAGAUGGUCGGUCAAAUAGCGGAAGGCAUCAAAGACACUCUCGCUGCCCAGCUACAAGCGGCCCGUUACCUCGCAGUCCUGAUAGAUGGCGAUACGGACAUAUCAAACACGGAGUGUGAGAUUGUGUAUGUGCGCUUCGUGGAGGAUGGCAGACCGGUGACCCGCCUCGUCGGCCAACAGGCUCUCUUACACGCUCAUGCGCAAGGUGUCCUGGCUGGAACCAAUGCAGCAUUUGAUGCUCUUGGACGUGGUACAUGCCACUGGAAGGCCAAGUGUGUCGCAUUUGGUGCAGAUGGUGCUAAAGUCAACAUGGGUGUGCAUAGGGGAGUGAGUGCUCUACUCAAACAGGCAGCCGGACAGCAUGUAAUUCCCAUUCAUUGCAUGCCUCACAGGUUGGAGUUGGCCAUUCUCAACCUGCAGCGCAAUGAGACAAUGGUGGCCAAAGUCUAUGACCUUCUCCAUCUUGUGUGGAAGACGUACCACCAGAGCCCUAAAUCCAGGCGUGAGCUGAACCUGAUUGGAAAAGAGCUAGGUGUGAGGGUCUGCUCUCCUUCGAGCGUGAAAGGGACGAGGUGGAUUCCCCAUGUACACCGGGCACUGAGUGUGUUCCUUCGUGCAGCAAAAGAAGGGAGUCUGUCAACUGACAGUGGUCAGUAUUCGGCUGUUUUGCGCCACAUGGACCACCUUGCCUCCUCAGCAGCCAGUGCUGAAAUUCAAGGGCGUGCAAAGAAGGGUGUACCACUCUCGGGAGAUGUCACAGGAAUGCAGCAGAGGCUACAGAGAAACAUCACCUCUGUCAUCACCACCACUGUGGAAGCCAUUAACAGAUUCUGCCAGAUUCGGCAGUCUCAUUAA